AUUGUAACGAAAAAUGUCUGUCAUCACACAGCCACCAUUCAUUGCAUUGGACACCGAAAAGCCAAACCGUGUAAUGUGCGACAAAUCGAUAUUAUAUAAUUUUUUUCUUUCAGAAAAUUUGUUGUGAUUUAAUCGAGAGCAUCCGUUUAUAUUAGUGUGCGAAAACAUUACGCCAAUAUAGAUAACCGUUCAAGGUCCUCCUUUUAUAGGGUUUGGGUACCUAUACCAAAGUGAGACGUUCGUCUUGCAGUUCAGUUCGUUCAAAAAUUCAGACAUCAAAGCACAUAUUGAAACAGAAAAAUGAAUAUUUUUAUAUGUUUGACGAUUUUCGUUGCAUCGGCCGUGCUAGUGGCCCACGAUUGUCGGGCCGCACCUGCUGUGCCUUCGUUCACCGACGAGAAGGCAGACCAUGAGAGCCUAGACGUCAACGAAGUGGGACCGGCCGGGGAGGACUGGAAGCUGUACAACCUGUUGACGAAGACCAAGUCGUACGAUCCGUCGGACACCGAAAAAACCCAGGAACUACUGAAGGAGAUCGAAGAGUAUACGAGGCUGAUCACGACCACGGACGCAGGGACGACCGACGUUCCAGCCGACGACUCUACGGAACCCCCAGCCGCGGACACGACGGACGUGAGCGAAACGGAUCCCGCGUCGUCCGACUGGUUCGCCUCGACGUGGAGGAACAUGAACAGGAACAACGACGGCGACGAAAUGAUGGGCAGGCAGCAACAAGACGACGGCAACGUGGAAGAAAUCAUCAGGAAGAUUUCCAACGACUUGAAGAAACUGUACGUGAAAAUCAAACAAGUGAUUACGGUGGUGAAAAACUGGGUCAACCACGCUAGAGGUUCAACAAUUGAAUAUGAUGGAUACCCAAUGUCUGCAAGUACUUCUGAAUCGGAUGGAGUAUUUGUAAUUGCUGAUCCUCUAAUUGGGGACAUAGAUAAAUCUAAUAAGUAUACAUUACCCAUAAAUGAGGAUUAAGUUAUAAAUAUUAAUUUCCGAUUAAACUUAUAUAACUUAUUGAAAUCACAUAUCAACCUCAAAUUGGUAAUUUAAAUUAUAUUAUUUAAGUUUAUUUUUACUUAGUAAAAUAUUGUUCCUUUAU